CUCCAUUCAGAGAGGACAGAACAGAGCAGAAGGAGGAAACUGAAGGCUGAGGCAGGCUGAGUGACUGACUUCAGAUCAGAGGAUGAGUGAUUUGGAGGAAGAGGAGGACGGAGCAGAGUCUGGAGUAUUUCGCUGUCUGUAUAUGAAGAGUGACCGGUCCAUAGAGUAUCCUCCAGACGUCGGUAAUGAACCUGGACCCUCAGACACAAAAAAGAGGAAGAGCAGUAAUGUUUCUGAGGAGGAGCAGCCGUCCAGAUCCAGGACCAGAGCUGGAGUGCAGACAGCCAAUCAGAGCAGCUCUGAACAAAUGAAUGUUGGUCGUCAGAAACAAAAGAUCAGGCUGAAGGAGACAUUUGAACGUGUGACUGAAGGAGUUGAAACAGGAAGUAGAACCCUCCUGAACAGGAUCUACACUCUCCUCUACCUCAUAGAGGGACAGAGUGAAGAGGUUAAUACCCAACAUGAGGUGAGGCAGCUUGAGACAGCUUCCAAGAAGAAGACCCUCCAUGACUCUCCAAUCAAGUGCUGUGACAUCUUUAAAGCCUCACCUGACCAACAGAAACACAUCAGAGUGGUUCUGAUGAGUGGCGUCGCUGGCGUUGGAAAAACCUUCUCAGUGCAGAAGUUCUGUCUGGACUGGGCCGAGGGUUUGGAGAACCAAGAUAUCAGUCUGGUGAUUCCUCUUUCCUUCAGGGAGCUGAACUUGAUCAGAGAUGAGCAGUACAGUCUUCUGGAGCUGCUCCGUGUUUUCCAUCCAUCAUUACAGGAGGUCCCAGCAGAGCAGCUCGCUGGCUCUAAACUUCUCUUCAUCUUUGAUGGCCUGGAUGAAAGCAGACUUUACCUGGAUUUCAACAACAAUGAGGCUGUUUCUGAUGUCACACAGAAGUCAUCAGUCAACGUGCUGUUGACAAACCUCAUCCAGGGGAAGCUGCUUCCCUCGGCUCUCGUCUGGAUAACUUCCCGACCUGCAGCAGCCAAUCAGAUCCCUCCUGCGUGUGUUGACAGGGUAACAGAAGUACGAGGCUUCACUGAUGCCCAGAAGGAGGAGUACUUCAGGAAGAGAGUCAGUGAUGAAGAGCUGUCCAGCAGAAUCAUCUGCCACAUCAAGACCUCCAGGAGCCUCCACAUCAUGUGUCUGAUCCCAGUCUUCUGCUGGAUCACUGCUACAGUUCUGGACCACAUGUUGACUACAGACCAGAGAGGAGAGCUGCCCAAGACCCUGACUGACAUGUACUCACACUUCCUGCUGGUUCAGACAAAGAGGAAGAAGAACAAGUAUGCUGAGGGACAUGAGACGAGUCCACAGGAGCUGACGGAGGCUGACAGGGAAGUUCUUCUGAAGCUGGGGAGGCUGGCGUUUGAACAGCUGGAGAAAGGAAACCUCAUGUUCUACCAAGAAGACCUGGAGCGCUGUGGUCUGGAUGUCACAGAGGCCUCGCUGUACUCAGGAGUUUGUUCAGAGAUCUUCAAAAGAGAGAGUGUGAUCUUCCAGAAAACAGUCUACUGCUUCGUUCAUCUGAGUGUUCAGGAGUUUCUGGCUGCAGUCUACCUGUUCCACUGUUACACCAACAGGAACACAAAGGUACUCAAGGACCUCCUGGGAGAAUACUACAUUAAUUCAUCCCUGGAUGUCUUCCUGGAGACAGCCAUGAAGAAAUCCCUUGAGAGUAAAAAUGGCCACCUGGACCUGUUUGUGCGCUUCCUUCAUGGCCUCUCUCUGGAGUCCAACCAGAGACUCUUAGGAGGCCUGCUGGGUCAGACAGACAACAGUCCAGAAAUCAUCCAGAGAGCCAUCAACAACCUGAAGGAGAUGAACAGUAAUAAUAUCUCUCCUGACAGAAGCAUCAACAUCUUCCACUGUCUGACGGAGAUGAACGACCACUCAGUCCAUCAGGAGAUCCAAGAGUUCCUGAAGUCAGAGAACAGAUCAGAGAAGAAACUCUCUGAGAUCCACUGUUCAGCUCUGGCCUACAUGCUGCAGAUGUCAGAGGAGGUUCUGCAUGAGUUGGACCUGAAGAAGUACAAGACAUCACUGGAGGGACGACGGAGACUGAUUCCAGCUGUGAGGAACUGCAGAAAGGCUCGACUUUCUGGCUGUUACCUCUCUGAGACUUACUGUGAAGUCGUGGCCUCAGCUCUGAAGUCCAAUCCCUCCCAUCUGAGAGAGCUGGACCUGAGUACGAACAACCUGCUGGAUUCAGGACUGGAGCGUCUGUGUGCUGGACUGCAGAGUCCAAACUGUAGACUGGAGACUCUCAGACUGUCAGGCUGCAGGUUGUCAGAUAUCAGCUGUGCUUCUCUGGCCUCAGCUCUGAAGUCCAACCCCUCCCAUCUGAGACAGCUGGACCUGAAAGACAACAAGCUGCAGGAUUCAGGACUGAAGCUGCUGUGUGGUUUUCUGGAGAGUCCACAAUGUAGACUGGAGACUCUAAGAUUGGAGAACUGCGGUUUGUCAGAGAUCAGAUUUGCUUCUCUGGUCUCAGCUCUAAAGUCCAACCCCUCCCAUCUGAGAGAGCUGGACCUGAGUUACAACAAGCUGCAGGAUUCAGGAGUAAAGCUGCUGUGUGGUUUUCUGGAAAGUCCACACUGUAGACUGGAGACUCUGAGAUUGGAGUACUGCAGUUUGUCAGAGAUCGGCUGUGCUUCUCUGGCCUCAGCUCUAACGUCCAACCCCUCCCAUCUGAGAGAGCUGGACCUGAGUAACAACGGGCUGCGAGACUCAGGAGUGAAGCUGCUGUGUGGUUUUCUGGAGAGUCCACACUGUAGACUGGAGACUCUGGUAUUGGAGUACUGCAGUUUGUCAGAAAUCAGCUAUGCUUCUCUGGCCUCAGCUCUGAAGUCCAACCCUUCCCAUCUGAGACAGCUGGACCUGAGUAACAACGGGCUGCAGGAUUCAGAUGUGAAGCUGCUGUGUGAUAUUGUGGAGAGUCCAAACUGUAGACUGGAGACUCUGGAGGUGGAUGACAGAGUAUACAGGGCUACACCUGACAGACAUGAAGGAGCUCCGUCUACGUCAAAGACAAACCUUGAUGUGUCUGAGGAAAGAAGAGAGGACCAGCUGUCUCCUGAUGAUCCAGAGAGUUUGAAGCAGCAGCAGCAGCAGCUUGUGUGUGGAGAUGCUCCAGAUACAAAUGAAAUGUUGCAUUUCACACCUGAGCUGCUGACUGAGUCUGGAAAGACUUCCUACAGGUUCAGGUGUCCUGGUCCAGGUGUGUUCCAGUGUGCUUUGACUGGACUGGUGUUUGUUACAACUCAGGAGGCGGAGCUUCUGUACAACACUGUCCAAUGGGAUGAGAGCCUCCUCCAAUCAGCUGGCAGGAUGGCUGCAGGGCCGCUGUUUGACAUCAAGUGUUCAGAGGAUGGAGCAGUCUGUCAGCUCCACCUUCCACACUGUGAAACAAAGGAGGCGCUGCUAUUUGAUGGCCUGUUGUCUGUCGUCCACAUCACUGAUGAUGGGAUGAGCAUCUUGGAGCCGCUGGAGAUUACAGACACUCAUGUGGUGGUGAAGGUCCCUCACCUCUCUGCCUUUGGCCUGAUCUGGGAUUUCGUUAAAAGAUUUGUGAACAUCUCACCGCCAAUAGAGGCCCAAGUUCUGCUGUUCCUCCGAUCUUUGAGCAUUGCUGGUCCAGUACUCAAUGUUUUACUGCUACCUGGCAACAUCCCUUUGAAUGAGGUUAAAAUGCAAUACCAAGAUGCUGAGCACAUCCAGAUCCCUUCCUACUGUGAUGUCAGCUUUGGUCAAAGUUACAGUGUCCACUGUGACCCUGAGGUCCACAGAAUACAGCCUGAGAGUGCACCAUUUCGCUUAAGGUAUGGACCCAAUUACCAUCCAACAUUUCAAGUUCUCCUGGAGACGAUCCCAGAGAACGUGACCUUGAUGUUCCAGGAACGAGGCAGGAGAGAAGUCCUGAAGUGUGACGUGCGUCUGAAAGGUCCAACUGGGCCAAAUCCACAGAGAAAUGACCCAGCAGAGGACAGCUUCCCAGCAGAGGACAGUGAUCCCCCAGAAGACAGGCUGUUGCUAGUUCGGAGACAGUUUGUAGAGCGAGUGUCUGAUCCAGUUCUGAACCAGCUUCUGGAUCAACUCCUUGAGCGUGGUGUUAUAACUGAUGGUGAAAUGCAGUCAGUCAGAACAGGCCGAGCAGACAAAGCCCGAGACGUGAUGGACACGGUGAGAAGAAAAGGAAGUUGGGCCAGCUCAGUUCUGAUCUCUGCUCUCUGUGAGGUGGAUCCAGUCCUUUCCAGAGAGCUGAGAUUAAUGUGAAGAACCAAACUGUGGAGAGUUGGGAUGGAUCUCUACAAUCACUGACUGGUACACAUUGUCUCUUUGAAAUGAAAAGCUGUUAAAGUCUGUUUUUAAUAAGUGGACUUUGACUCUGAAAGUGAUUGAGUCCAGUAAAGAGCAGAGUGCUGUUCUUAGUUUCAGCCACUAGAUGGAGACAGAACUUCACUGAUGGACAAACAAGAUGCAGAAUCAGAACAUCAGAAAACCAACUGAGAAAGAUUUCUGAGUCAACAUUGAGCUGUUGUUUAAAGAAAUCCUGCUUGGUCAUUGGUCACAUCCUUUAAAUCUCUUUGACCUUUGUACAGCCUCAUGUCAUCGUUACUUUAGAACAAUAAUCAAAAGAGAAAAUAAUUCUGCUGAAUGCAGCGUGGCUUUUUUUAAGGCUGGAGGACUUUUGGCUCUGGACCAAAGUUUUCUCUUGGUGACAGAAAUCUUCAGGGGGAUUCAGAGAAGAGUGGCUGCUGGCACUCCUAAAAAUUAUGUUUUAUAGUCGUAAUAUGAAAUGUUUUUCUAAGCUUGGGCUGCUGUUGUUAACUUGCAAUUUUAAAAUGUAACCUCCUCCAUUUGAAGCAGAGUGGAGAGUUAAUAUGUCGGCCUAUUGACAUAUAUUUGUAGAGGUGGACAUUAACCUGACAAUAAAUAUGGCACAGACAGUUUUUCUAAAUCACACCCAGAGUCUCUUCUCUGCCUACACUACUGGUGUGAAGAAUAAUAAAGGUUGAUAUAAUAAAUAAGU